AGCGGCCUGAGGGAGAGCAGUGAAGAGCCGCCGUCACCACAGCAACUACCACCGUUAGCAGCAUCGGCAUCGCCGUGACCGUGACCGUGACCGUGAGGCAGGAUGUACAAGAGGGAGAAGAGCAUUCAGAUUAAGAGCAGUGCUUCUGCUCUCUACAACAAUCUCAGUAUUCUGCCCAUCACUGAUAAGAACCUCACUUACUUUGCUGUCAUCCAUGGCAGUGUGGUGAACAUGGUUAGUGCUUCUACUGAUGGUCUGAACCUCUCGCACAGGCAGCUGCAAUCAAAGGAGGGAGGCAUGGUACAUGGUACUUCCUUAAUCAUACAGGCUUCAUGGUGUGUGUUACCUUCGCGCAUUCUCCUCGUACUGGCAUCACAGAAAGGCAUUCAGAUGUAUGAGUCAGAUGGCUCCAUCAUGGUGUACUGGCAUGCAGUGGAUACCCCAGAAGCACCAACAGCAGAGGCUGUGUUUGCACGAGGAAUUGCAGCUACAAGGAGCAAUUAUAUCUGUGUGGGCACCUCAACGGGAUCAGUCCUGGUCUUCAAUAUUCCCCCAAAAGGAACGAACAUCACUGUGUCUGAAGUACUUGAGCAGCACAGGGACCCCAUCACUGACAUCGCUUGUGAUUGCUCUGAAAAUAAGGAGUAUGUUGCAGAUCUGGUGACAGCUGAUGACUCUGGGGUCCUGUGUAUCUGGAAAUCAGGGGAAGAUUUUAAAUUAAUGCAUAAGUUGGCAGCUUAUGGAGGCACUUGCUCAUCUGUGAAGAUGUGGAGUGGGAUCAUUGCAGCAGGAUAUGGGAGUGGCCAGAUCCUGGUUUAUGAUGCAGCAACUGGUACAGUGCAUGUGGAGGUGAAUGCUCACGCACGCUGGAUCUGCGCUCUCGACCUCGCAUCUGAAAGUGGCAAGCUGCUGUCUGGAGCUGAGGAUUCUUUUCUCAGGAUUUGGAGGAUUUAUCGGAACUCUGAGUCCAACACCAUUGAGGUGGAACAUGAGCACAUGGAAUGCGUAACUGAUGUGCAGAUAUGUGGAGCCAAGUUCUGUGACCCUGAAGGAAACGCCUUUGCAGUGACAGGAUAUGACCUGAGUGAGAUUAUUCGUUAUGUCCUGGUGUAAUUGCAGAUGGAUGGGAUCGUGCGAAAGACCACGAGCUGGGGACAAUGCCUGGAAAGCACUGGCUUUCAGAACCUAGGCAAUUUAACAGGGACUAACCAUCACAGUGUCAUGUGAUAUGCCUCUCAUAUCUGCCUGUCCAAAAAUGUGCAGGUUAUUUGGAUUGGCCAUGCUAAAUUGCCCUAUACUAUCCAGGGAUGUACAGGCUGGGUGGAUCCGCCAUGGGAAAGAUGUAAGGUAGGGUGGUGUGGGUCUGGUUGAGAUGCUGUUUGGAAGAUCUGUGUGGCCUCGAUUGGCCAAAAGGCCUGCUUCAACACUGCAGGGAUUCUGUGGUUUGAUUCCCAUAGGCAUGGAGUUUUUAAACUACCGCAAAGAAAUAAUUUCUGUCGUUUUCCCCCACUUGAGGCAGAAACUCAUUGUGAAUGAUCACUGAUCUUGUUACAAAAUAGCUAAAUUGGCUAUGUCACCAGGUUAGUAAUCUCACACUGGAAAGAGAACAGAUAAUUUUAAGUUGCACCACAGCAGUUUAGAAUAUUAAUUAAAAGCUAGUCUCACUAUGUGACCAUGAAUUGUUACUUGAAAGAAAUUAUUUUCUGAAUGUCUUUUGGAAAGGACACUUUUGUUCUCCUUCCUUUCUCUAGCUGAUAUAUUCACUGCAAAUCCACAACAAUAUUAUUCUUAACUGCCUCUGCAAGUAUCUAAGGCCCAAACCAUUUAUCAACAGAUCAAAUUCUGGUCACUUCCAUCUUGGCAACUGUGGAAUGGAGGAGGAAUACCAGCCUUGUCAGUAGUGGCACACACAUCUUGAGAGUUAAUUAGAAAGCAAACGGGAACGAUCUGUUGAAAGUGCUCUGUAGUUGAAUUGUAAAAUGUUUGAUUUUCAUAUUCGGUGGUAGAUAUUUCGGUGUUUAUUAAAGAAAACAUUUGCUCUUCUAGAUAUGCAUAACUCUGGGCAAUCUUGUAUUCAGACUGUUCAGCUGACAAAGCGCGUAUAUAAGUUAUCAGCUUUUAAUAACUGUAACCAAUCCUGCCAUAAGCAUUACCAAUCGUGCAGAUUUUCCAGCUUGUUUUAAAAUGUUAACUUUGUACUGUGUACUGCACCAGUGGGAGGGUUUAUUUAUGUCCAUCUCGGACACACCCUCUCAUUGUAGGGCUUGAAGCAACUGUUUCUGAAAACUAUAGUCAAAUACAAUUAGUCAUUGAGUCAUAAAUCUUUUUAUUUCUCAGCCUGACAUACACUUGCAUUUUAAAGCGAGUGAACUUUCCAUUCUUCCUACUCACAUGUAAUAUGACACAUCAAUCUGUAUUGAACUCAAUUUAGCAAUCAUUUGUCCAUUCUGCAAAUGUGUUAAAGUUCUGUAAUCCGUUGCAGACCUUCACAGUAUCCUAGACCCCUCUCAUGCACAAUUUAUCAUCUUCAGAUUUUGAAAUUGUGUGUUUAAUUCCAAAGUCCAAGCUGUUAAUAUAAAUUGUGAACAUCAGUGGUCCAGAACUGAUUCUCCUGGAAGACCAUCGCUUCUCCUCCUACCACUUUAAUAAGUAUUAUUGCUUCCCAUUCACUACUUUCUAUAUUGAAGGCAAUUCGCGAUCCAUUCUGCCACUUGUCCUGUGACUCCAUCUUUAUUGACUUUAUUAAUCAAUGCAUUGUGGGGUUCUUUAUUUGAAGUUGUUUGUCAAUUCAAAUAAAUCACAUUGACUGCA